AAAAAAAAAGGGCUUGGAACUUUCUUUUUGGAUUAAUUAAACUCGAAGCACCUGAAAUUACUAAUUUUCAAGGCUUUUCUGAAGAAAAAUUUGAUCAAGACGGAAAUUAUAACUUGGGAAUAAACGAUUUAAAUAUUUUUUUCAGAGUUCCUUAUAAUUUAACUUUCAAAAAUCAGGGGGUUCAAAUUACCAUUGUCUUUAAAUCUAAUUCUC